UGUUUUUCUACUGACGGCGCCCAUUUUGUUUCUUGAAACCGUUGCGCUGCUACUCUCGUUUGUGGAAGUCAUUUUUUAAUUUUGUGAAGGAAAAACUUUGGAUUUUAUAAGACAGGAUGAGUGGUUUUUGGCAUGAAAGCGACAUCUCGUUGUCGGAUGAUUCUGACGGAGGGUGUACCCCGGAAAAAAUGCCAGUACCAGCUGGAAAAAAAUCUGCGUAUUACAAGAAAAAUACCAGCGUAACUAGCGUAGAGCAAAAGAGAGAGGACAAUACGAGAUCUGAUUGGCUUUCUGGACCGUGGCCGCUAAAGCCUUUUAAUGAAUCCCUUCCGCCAAAUCAAAGAAAAGCAGAAUGGUUCCGCUUCAAGGGACAGUUCGAAAGAAUUGUAUCGUGUAAAGGCACUGUUGAUUCCUCUACCAAACUGACUGGGCUCAAGAUUUUUGCAGGUGAUUAUCUGCUAAGCAUUAUAGAGCUGCAGGAAAAGAUGUUUACAGGUGAUCAAAACGAAGUGUAUGACUAUACAAUUAAUGCACUUAAUAAAUAUUUUGGCCAAACUUGCGACACAGCAAAAGAAAGAAUCAAAUUUCGUGAGAUGGAAAUGGAACCGACCGAGUCUUUCAUGGACUGGGUUUUACGCCUUGAGUCGCAGGCAAAGUUCUGUGAUUUUGUCGAGGAUCAAAGGAAGGAAGAGUUUGUCCAAGCGUUGAUCCGACGGUCCGUUCCAGACAUAGCUCAAAAGCUCUUUGAGAUGUCUAACAUUUGGGAAAAUGAUCUCGAACUAAUUAUGAAUCACGGAAAGCAUUUAGAUUACAUUCGGAACGAAACUAGGCGCUCUGGGGAAGCCGGUGGAAGAAGAGGUUUAUCGAUUGAAACCCCGGAAAGCACUUAUGAAGAUUCGCGUUAUAAACCAGUUAACACAGUAUCGUUUCGUAAGCGUAAACUCAAUACAAACCGUUUUGGAUCUUUUCGGAAGCAUGAUUCAGAUCGUUUUCCACCUCAGCAUGGUAACAAUUUUGUUCAGGGCCCAUCUCGACGUCGUCCGUGGAUAUCUGACUGUACCAGGUGUGGCGAGAACCACGUUCCAAUGGAAUGCAAAGCUUAUAGGGCUCAGUGCUAUAGAUGCGGAAAAUGGAAUCAUUUCAAAAAAGUGUGCUACUCUCCAAUUGAUGAUAAUGAGCACCGGAAACAUUCUGACUGGAGUCGUUCGGGCAGGAAACAUGUUGAUCGACAGCAGCAAUGGAAGAAGGAGGCCGAGAACAUAAAUCAGUUGCUUCGGAGGAUGACUCCUCAGACACGGAGAUGCAUUCAAGGGAACCCUUUAUUGUGACCGGGGAUGGUAAAGCUGGCGAUGAACUUGAUGGAGCACCUCCAAACAAAAGGCCUCGUUCCACACGACAAAUCAAGCGUCCUCAGAAAUAUUUGGAUAACGUUGAAUCGAAUAUUUAUUGAAAGCCAGCGUUAUUUACGUCCCGGGGAGGAUGUGGUAUCCUGUUUGGAGCUAAAACCUAAACUGGAAUGUGAAAC